AUGGCUUCAUUCAUCAUGAAACAAAUGAUGGGCUCGCAGUUAGAUAAAGUUAAAGAAUUAGCCGGCGGCGACGGAGAGAAAAAGGAUGGUGGUAAUGGUAGUGGUGGUGGUGGUGAUGAUGAAGAAGAUCCAGAGGUUGCUGAAGCUCGACGUGAAGCAGACGAAAAACGUAACGCUAAAUAUGCAAAAAUGGAACGACAACGAGAAGAAGUUCGACAAAAUAUUAGAGAAAAAUAUAAUAUUAAGAAAAAGGAGGAAUCAGCUCCACUACCAUGUGAAGGACGUUUAACAGCCGAUAAAAAAGGUCCAAUUCCUUUACCAGAUGAUGAUGAUAGUUUUGAUCCAAUUAAAAUGGCAACAGAGGCAUUAAAUACUAUCACUGAAAAAUUACCGUUUAAAUUGCCUUGGAAAUGA